AUGAGUGAUAAAAUGACUUCAUAUUCAUCACCAUUCAGAAAAACUGUGAAGUGGUACAAAAAGCUGGCCAUUGAGCUUAUUUUAAACACAGCGCUGGUGAAUGCUUGGAUUAUGUAUAAAGAGAACAAAAACACUAAUCAGGGUAUAGUGCAAUUCAGGCGCCAGUUAGUCGAGUAUCUUGUGGAUUCAGGAGUCGAUAAAGAAAAUUGUGAACAGCAGCAGGAGAGACCUAAAAGAAUGAAACACGAAUUGCUGAAAAGAGAGGGACCUGUUGCUAAAUUGAGACGUUUCUGCGUCGGUUGCUACAAAGAAAAUGUUAAAAAUCAUGGGUCAAAAGUCGCUCGAAAUAAAACUAAAAAAAGUAGUUACAUACUGUAA